AUGGCGGCUGCUGACCAUACGGCCGAGACAGACGGGCGGUACAAAACACUUGAACAGCGACUGAACGACCUGUUCAACAGAUUCUGGCAGAAGCUACUACGCAACACAGAACGAAACCUGCUGGUAAAGCAGAAGUACUCUGCUGGGGACAGACAACGGGAGUUCCCCGGAUUAAAGCACUCAACAAGCGCUGACCACGAGGCAGGUCCCGCCAUCAUUACCACGCGUGCUCUGCCAGAGAGACCACAAGGCCCCUUGAAGGCGGACAAACCUGGCCGGCUAAGGAGACCGCCAUAUUCCCUGAGGGGGCGGAAAGCUCAACAUGGAAUGGCCCGGUACAAGCGACACAUAUUUCCCCAGUGAGGGGGAAGAAUGAGGCGCCCAAAAGGCGAAAAGCACCAGGGCCACCUCCGGCCUAGCCUAAACCUUUUACAUACUACAGGGACUGACCCGAAAACGCUCUACACCUAUCUGCAAUCACCCGCAUGGAACUCCUGCAUGCUGCAUCCCUGGGAAUUCUGGAAGCAGUUUCCAUCGACCGAAGUGGCCUGAGGACUAUCUCCUCGUUCAACACCAACCUUGCCACUUACAGGGAUCGGAUGAACGG